UAAUAAUCUCCUUUUUUAUUCUUAGAGAGAUGCCUCAUCACAGUAAGGAGUUAAUGGAGCAUAUUCCAUUUGGCUCUCCAUUGGCUCUCCACGGCUUCUCCAUGGAGAACAGUGCAGCUCACUAUAAGGAUGCGCUUCGACUCGGACUGCCCUUCCAACUGGACUCAUACCUCGACCCUGUGCACGGCCAGAGGUUACCCUACAGACGAUUACCCUAUUUCCCCUUUCACGUCCCCCUCGGUGUGUGUGAUUAUUCCUUUGAGCCUGCGUUUAUCCGGAAAAGGAACCAAAGGGAGCGGCAUCGAGUGCGCUGCGUAAACCAAGGUUACGCGCGGCUCCGAGAGCAUCUACCGCAGGAGUUUGAGGACAAACGGCUCAGCAAAGUGGAGACCCUGCGCGCGGCUAUUGAAUAUAUCAAACACCUGCAGAGUCUGCUGGACUUAAACGUGUCCGGGAUGGAGAUGUCACUUGUUGGAGACGCGCAUACUCGUGCGCCGCUGUCGCAGAGGACAGAGUGCAACAGUGAUGGAGAAUCCAAAACUGGCCUCAGCGACAGUGUGGAAAUAGUUUACUAGCUUUAAGUAUAUAUAUCUCUCUGUGAU